CCAGCCUCACGUCUUUAAACGUGCUGUGUCGUAACGUCUGACGGUAUGUGGAGAGUAGCAAUGUCGGAGGAGGUUGGGAAAGCGUUGCAGUCCGUGGUGGAGCGGGUGAACCAGGCGGCGACACGCCGCCCCAAGGUGCUGCCAGCCGUGGCGCCGCGCCUUGUAGCUGUCAGCAAAACUAAACCUCCAGAGAUGGUCGUGGAGGCCUACAGGCAAGGACAGCGACAUUUCGGGGAGAACUAUGUGAACGAACUAGUAGACAAAGCGUCGGAUCCUCUGAUCUUGGAAGCAUGUCCCGAUAUCAAGUGGCAUUUUAUCGGCCAUCUACAGAAGAAUAAUGUCAACAAACUUUUAGGCGUGCCAAACCUGUUCCUCGUGGAGACGAUUGACUCAGCAAAGCUGGCCGACAAAGUCAACGGCUCGUGGCAGCGCCUGCGAGGAGCGAGCACUCAGAGGUUAAAGGUCAUGGUACAGCUCAACACCAGCGGAGAGCAGAGUAAACACGGGCUCCCGCCCGAAGAAACGGUCAGCACGGUCAAACACAUCAUCAGAGAGUGCAGCGCUCUGCAGUUCUUAGGACUCAUGACCAUCGGCCACUAUGGUUAUGACCUCACCCUUGGCCCCAAUCCUGACUUCCAGAUGAUGCUGAGUCGCAGAGUGGAAGUGUGCGACAGUCUUAAGAUGCCUCUAGAGGAAGUGGAGCUGAGCAUGGGGAUGUCCACGGACUUCGAACAUGCGAUCGAGGUGGGCUCCACAAAUGUCCGAGUGGGGAGCAUCAUUUUCGGCAACAGGGAGUACCCCAAUAGUGCAGCCAACACUCCCAUCCCCAGCCCUGCCCCGAGCCCGGCACCAAGUCCCGAGAAAACAUCCAAGAUGGUGUCAGAAGAAGCGGCUAAGAAGAUGCAGCACCUCACUGUGUCUGAACACUGAAGCUUGGCUUCUCUUUUAUCGACCCUUUAAUAAAAUAAUCAAUUCAAAACAAAAUAAAAAAACAGACCGUGGAGUGGAGCUGUGAGUCAGUGUGUUUGCCAAACUCUGUCAUGUCUACGUCAGGACUGGAAGAAGUGGGCGGGUCUCUACACAAAUGACUGUGUGUGUGGGGGUCCUGUGUUCUUUGUUUUACUCGGGACAAAAUCGGAGUAUUAUACUUUGGUAUUGAAAGUUUUGCGCCGCGUUUUUUGUUGUGCGUGACAGCCAAGGUUAUGUCAUCAAUCAGUGAAGACGUUUUUCCAUCCAUCAAUCUUGACGAAAAGAUAUAAGAUUUUAUAAAAGCUAACCUUAACUUGCCUUUAACAAUGUUAGUGAAAUAAAGUUGUUCGUCGAACUACAUGGUAUUUGUUUGGGAUUGACUGUGCUGUGUGAUGUUUUCUACAGUCCCAUCCUGAACACUUGUUUGUCCCAGAGUAUCACACCACCAUUGUUGUACAGACGAAGCUUAGAUUUAAUAAAUCAGAUCCCUUUAUCAAGUGUC